AUGGCAAGUAAAAGUGAUACAUCGCCAUCAUCAAGCGAAGAAAGUAAAAAAUUAAUGCCAAGAUCGCGAGCAGCCAUAGAUCUUCGUAGAUUCAGUAAUGAAGAUCUUAACAAUCUAAUGAGCUCAUAUAAGACAUCUGCGGAAAUCUCCACACCGAAUUCAUCGAAGAAAUCUAGUAUAAGACGAGCUGUUAGUGCAGCAGAAAGGUACAAAGGCUUAAAACCUUCUAUUCCAGAAUCUCGUUCAAGAGAUACCAGCGAUAUUGAGAAUGAUAAAUCUACAACUUCUCCUAUCAAUCCCCAUCAUAAAGAUUAUCGUUCAAAAUUCAAUACCAAUAAACAAUUAUUCCUUCAACUGGAAGCAAAUGCACCCGGUAAUUCACCGUCAGAAAAUCCUACACCUAUCAUGAAUAGUCCUAAAUUUCGACCCAUUGAUUUUGGUACUAAAAUACCACCACAAAAAGUCAAUCCUUAUCGUAUUCGAUCCCCAAAUAAAAGAUCAGGCAUCCAUUCCGUUCCAACGUCUUCAUGUUCGUCGCCAACAAACGAAAACGUGCCCUUAAAUUCUACAAAUAUCGGCAGAUCAACGGAAAAUUUAUCAUAUUCGUCUUCAUUUGAGCAUAAUGGCUUUUCAUCAUUUAAAAAACCUUUAUUGAAAAAGCAAUCGAGUAUGGACAGUGGUUAUUCUCAUACAGAAAAUCGGAAUAUUCAUCAUCAAUCACUAGUACCUCAGAAACCACAAAACCAUAAGAGAAGUGUAAAAAUCACGACUAGGAAAGUUGUUAAAACGACUGAGAAUCCUAAAUCGAAAGAAGUUUCACAAAAAGCUCCAAUUCCAAUAGAAGAUACACGCAGUGUUAAUAUGCAAUCCAGUACCGACCAUGCAUCUACAUCUUCUGUUGAAUCCUAUUCCAAAUUUAAUCGGAUUAAACCCUCAGAAGGUGAAGAAAAAAGUAAAGGAAGUAAGCCAAUGUAUAAGGCGAACCCAGAUUCUGAUUGCAUCGACAAAGAAUCUAGCUUAGGCAGGAAAGGAAGUAGAAUUGCUAUUAGGAAUACAGCGAAAAUUUCAUCUGAUCAAGAUGUCGAUAUAGAUGAUGAAAAUACGCUUAAAUCAAAUAACAGCGAAAGUAACUCUAUGAAAUCAUUACAACCCAAGCGUAGCAAACCUCCUAGAUCUUUGCAUACUCCACCAAGCCAGCGUAGGUUGCAAGAAUUUAAAAAUCAUUCGCAAAACAGGUCUACCUACGGUUUAACUAACAUUAAAAGUCCUACUGAUAGAAAGAUCGAUAAAUUAGUACCGGCAAAAUAUUCAAAUCCUGACGAUACGCUAAUCAAGGAUGACUCUGAUUUCUCCAUCAAGGAGCAGGCUGAAGAUUAUUCAGCAUCAUCUAAUGAAUUUCAAGGCAAGCCAGCACUUGAUGAGAAAUUUAGCAAAUCGAUGGAAAUGAUGAAUAUCGCCAAAGCUGCUAGCAUACAACAAUUCAGAAACGCCAGCGAUUCCGAUAGCGAAAUUUUCGAAGAAAACAAAGGCGACAAAAUAUUACCAUGGCAAGAUAUUAAUUACAAAGAAAACAUUGAUACUCAAUCCGGUAAGAAGCCAAAAUUUGGAUCAUUAAAACGACUGCAAGGUGAUAGCGAAGUUUUCGAAGAAAAUAAAGGCGACAAAAUAUUACCAUGGCAAGAUAUUAAUUAUAAAGAAAACAUUGAUACUCAAUCCGGUAAAAAGCCAAAAUUUGGAUCAUUAAAACGACUGCAACGUGAUAACCCGAAACAGAAUGAAACAAAUUCUGAUGGUCAACCCGCCAUUGUUGUUUCAGAAAGUGCAGCCUCGAAAGCAAAAGAAAGUGACAACGUAGAUAUAGCUAGCGAGGAUGAAAUUGAUAUGUUUGAAUAUCAAUUUUCACUAAAUCAACCGUCAGUAUUUAGCGAUUCAGAGGGUUACGAUAUCCAAGCUGUUGAUAGGCAAAGAAUUAACAGUUCAUCAGAAGCUAUAGAUGCUUUCAUCGAACAAUAUAAAAGUCCAGGCGAUACUUCAAGUAAGCAAUCGCCGACAGAAUCAAGAGAAAAAUCGGAUCGAAUUGAUAAUAUUGAACAACAGCUAAAAAGUCUUACGCUUAUGCUAACUCAGAAGAACCAAGAAACUGUAAGAGAAUUCCAAGCCAAAGAGACAGAAUUGAAUACAGAAAUGAACCAGUUCAAAGACAAAAUUCAAGUUAUCGCGACUAAUAUCCUUAAGGACGUAACGAAGUUGCGAGAGGAAUACACUAGCCUUCGUCAGCAACAAGAAAUACAGCAGCAACUCUUCGAUAUAACGUUAGCUAAUACGAUUAAAUCAAUCCGAACAGCGACAUCUGUGAUGACAAGAGGGCAAGAUAUUGUCCGAGAUGAAAGAUUAGCUGCCGAUAAAACUAAACUUAACUACCAAAAGCAAUCUAACCAACUCACUAAAGAAGUAGAAUUGUUAUCUAGAGCGAUUGCUGUGUUGGAGUACGAUGCCCGUAAGCGCUUUUGUAGAAUCGACAGCUCAGUUAUUAAGGCAUUAAAGUUGGCUAUUAUCGAAAUUAAUUCUUCUAUUACCAGUUUAGCACAAGAAGAAUUCCCUAAAAUCAAAUCAGAAUUAAAGGAGGUAUUAAUUAAAGAGCAGAAGUUAGUUGUGAUGGAUGAAAAAUUUAUUCUAUCAGAGCCAGAGCGAUUAGAAUCAGCCUUAGAUCAGUGUCGACGUUUAAUGUCUUAUAUGAAUAGUUUAGUAGCAUCCGUUAAACUUAAUGCUAAGAAGCAACGCAGUGGAAAUCGCGCUAGCAACAUAGCAGAUUAUAUUAAUUUACUGGCAUUGCAACGGCAAGCACAAGAUGACUAUGAAGCUAAUGAAGCAAAAUCAGUUCUACAAGCUAAUAUCGAAAUUGCUAGUGCUUUCAAUCAUGAAAAGCGUUUGUCGUCCAUAGAGAGGGCUAUGGAAGUUCGAGCUUUCAUAAAUGAAUUAAGAAUAAGAUAUGAAAAUAAACACGAUGAUGACGAUGGCCUAUCUGGUGUUAGUUCGAAUGAAUCGGAUAGUUACCAGCAUGAAUCCCAUAAUGAAGAUAUAACAAACUCAGUUAUUGAUUCUAGUCUAGCGACUGAGCCAACAAUUCAUGAUUCUAAUUUAUCCAUAUCAAAAUUGGAAAAUUUAUCAACUGUAGAUUCGAUUCCAUCAACAACAAGCAUUUAUGGCCGAGAUAUUGGUGCUUCGUUUACAACGACACCACCGCCACCGGUAUGGCAAGAAGUAGAUGAAAAUGUAGAAACUAAUCAGGAUAAAAAUACCACAACUGAAUCAGGAAAGAAGAGAGGUGCUAUAUUUAAUAAACUCACUGGAUUUCUAUAUCGUGGGAAGAACGAGUCCCCACAACCCAAAUCGAGACCAUCAUCUAUUAUUAGUACAAACGAAUCGGAAAAUGGAGAUAUCCAAUCAUCUCAAACCAUGUCAAAGAGCCCAUCAGCUCAGCGUCGAUUAGAUGCUUACAAAACUGAACCAGUAGAAUCACCAGGAACAAAUCCAUUGAAGCACUACCAAGGCCAAGGUAGUUUAACCAGUGAUCAGAUCAUACAAGAAUUAUCAUUGCGACACAAUAUUGACAUUGCAUCUAUGCAAAAUAAGGAUAAAAAUACGACAAAUUUUGUAAAUUAUAGCGAUAAUUUAACAAGUUCAGGAUUUCAACCAAAGAGGCAAUCAUCGGAAAUUCCGUCAACUUUUCAUAACGAAAAUUUAACGGACACAUCAUUAUCAAAAUCCGCAUUAACGGUAUCAGCAUCGGAACUUCCACCUGCUAAUAUUAAUUUAGCUACAAAGAAAGAUAGAAGUUCCUUAUCGUUACCGUUAUCGAAAGCUAAUGAUAUAAAUGCUAUACGUAGGGAUCAGUUUCUUUCAGCAGCUGAUUCUAAUCCUAAUGAAGCUAAAUCUAAUGGCAAAUACGACAGUGUUUUAGCAGCUAAUGGUUCCAACGCUGUUAGUAAGAAAGAUGUCCUUGCAUCCAAAUCUGUUAAUGCAAGCCCAACAGACAGCCAAAACAUUAUAGCUUCAUCAAAUCCUAAUAAAACUAAUUUACUGGAUAGCAAAGAUAGUAUUAUGUUGUCUAAGCCUACGCUAUCAAUAUCCUCAUCGAAAUCAAUGGAUUUAAAUCUAAUAAACCCUCAUAACGAAAUCGAUGGGAAAGAAAUAACAGCUGCUGAGGCUAAGAGACGGAAAAGCCAUACUGUAGUGACAUAUGAUUCUGAUCAGGUCUCAUUCUUAUAA